CACGCCCUUGUUUAGGCCCAGAGGGCCUAGGGCCUCCCAAAUUUUAUGAUGACAAUUGGAUUUCAAUAUCCAAUUGACAUUGAUUCUAAUUGGAGAACUUAAGGCUCUACAGGGCUAUCAACAGGUGAUGGCCAUGAUGCAACAGGCAGGGGGCUUCAUGCCAUUUGCCUAUCCUGGCAUGACGCCACCAAUUAUGCCACCCCCGGUGUCGACUCCAUCAACAUUCGUUUCAAGGAUGGUCCCCGUGCGCCCGGUAAAUUUGACAGGGAUCAUGAACGAGGCAGCGCCCUCAAAUGUUCACGAGGUGGACGAGGCGGAGCAAGAGGUGGCCCGUAGAAGGAAGGGUAAGGCUAUAGCCAAGCCCAACAAAACUCGAGAUUCGGCAUUCAAACGCCUAUGGGACAAAGAGAAUGGACCUCGCAAGUCUGCCAAGCUACGUCUUGGUCCUGAGAUGGGCCAGACUAGCGCAAUGGAAAGACUUGGUGGGAGUCGUCCCGCCCCAUCUCGCCGUUCUAGGGAAUCUGAGACGAUUCACCUAUAUGAGGAGGAAGCUGAAAGCCAGCCCAGGGCAUCGGCAUAUACCAGGCUCUCAUAUGAUGAGGAUGACCUGGACAAGAUAGGGAGCGUAGCAAGAAAGCUACGUGCCCUGGAGGAAAAGGUGGAAGAGAAGGCGGAAGCAAAGAAGCAUACCCUGGCCAAAUCACCCUUUUCAGCCAGGGUACAUGCACAAAAAUUGAGACGUAAGGUCAAGCUGGAUGUGGAGAAAUUCACCGGGAAGGAGGACCCAAAUGUCCACCUUGACACUUUCCACAAUGCAGCACCGAUGGUCGGGUGCACUGAUGCUGAGGAUUGCUUGCUCUUCUUCUCAUCCUUGAGAGGGAGACCAGUGGAAUGGUUUAACGGCCUUCCCCAUGGCAGGAUUGGGUCCUUUGAGAAACUUGCCGAAGUUUCCCGCAAGAAGUACCAGGAUAACUGCAUCAAGAGGAAGAAGUUCACCUACCUUAACACGGUAGGGCAGAGGGAGAAGGAGUCCUUGACUCAGUUCUUAACUCGAUGGAGGGAUGAUGUUGACAAAGUAGAGGAGAUGGACGAUAAGACGGCCAUGUCUUCGCUGAUGAACGCCUUCCGGUCGGGUGACCUCUACACUGAAUUUUGUAGGAGGCCACCCUCCUCUUAUUAGGAAGCCUACAAUACGGCAUGGGUGUAUCCCGAGGCGGAGGUCCUGAACAAGAGCAAGCAGGAACUAGAGGAAGGCUAUACACGGGUGAAAACCGAUAGGCCGAAGAAGGAUGACCAGAGGGGAGGGUCCAAGCCGAGGGCCACAUAUGAUGGGUCUGUGUUGAAACACGGGUUUAUCGUGUUUUCGUACUAAAGCCGUGUUCGUUUU